AUGCUCUCCCUCCAUCUCGCCCCCCAAAAGGGCCCAAAUCCCUCCGCCCGCUUCUUCCCCCACUCCGGCUUCCUCGGCCUCACCCCCGUCAUCGUCGAGGGCAUCGUCCGCACAAAGUUCGAGCAGGACCGCAAACCCCUCCCCGCAAAGUCUCUCUCCGUCUCGGUCCGCUGCUACGAGGUCUCGCGCUCACGCGGCGCCGUCCUCCUCGUCGACCACACCGACGUCCUCUGGCGGAAGCCCCCCGCAUCCGACUACGCCGACCUCGCAGAGGUAGAGUUCCCCUUCAAGUUCACCUUCCCAGAGCAUACAGCCGGGCCCAGCACCGCCAACUUCCAGGUCUACCGCACCUUCUGGCGCGUCGAGGCCAUCCUCGAGCACAUCCCAAUCUUCGGCGUGGGUCACCGCCUCGUCCGCUACUUCGACCUUCCCCUCGUCCGCUACGACGUCCCAUCCCACCCCCUGCUUCCCGCGUCUCCUUCGCACGCCCUCCACCUUCAGACGAGCAAACCGCGCGCACCUGUCCUACGAUAUACUGUUUCCACCCCUACCCAUCCAGUAGGUCCUAAUGACAUUGUCUUCGCGUCUCUCUUCGUGCAGCCGCUCGACCCCAAUGUCUUGGUGCGCAGUACCACCCUCGUGGUCGAGCGCAGGAUCGACCUUCUCAAUCCACCCACCUCACCCGCCUCCUCUCCCCCCACGCCCUUCUCCGGCCCGUACCUUGCCCCGGAUGACAUCACCACGUCGCCCACGUCCAGCAGCACCCAGCUCGACGUCUCGAGCUCAUACGAGUCGACGGUCAGUGUCCCGUCUCCCCUAGAACUCACUCCAUCCACCAGCGCCACGACUCUCGACUCCUACGCGUCAUCUUCGCGCCCGCUCGUCUCGGCACCACCCAUGUCACCCACGCAGAGCAGCCUCUCGCCCGACACGCCCGCGAAAACGCUCACCUCGACCAUUCUCACCACCGAAUGCACUGGCUUCACGUGCGACGCCGCGGGCAUGUGGUCCAAGACGACGACGCUGCAAUGGCCCGCCGCGCGGGCGCAGAGCCGCUGGGCACUCGGCGAGACCAUGCACAGCGAGCACGUCGCGGUGCGCUUCUUUCUGCGCGUCACCGUGCGCGUCGCUGGCCCCGCGGGGAGCGACACGCUGGAGCUCGAGCCGCGCGAGCUUGUCGUCGCCGCCACGAGCGAGGCCGAGCGUCGCGUCGCGCUCACGCAGUACGCGGAACAGCGUGCCGGUACGGGGCGGAGCAAAAGCAAGAGUCCCUGGCGCGCGCGACAUGCGGACGAGCGUGAGGAGGAUGAAAGGGCGGCCGCGGCGCAGCAGGCGCAAACGUUUCCUGGCGCGGCAGUCGAGCGGCGCGAGGGACACCGGUCACACCAGCACCACCGGAGUGCGAUGGCAUCGGGGUCGCAUUCAAGUUCGAAUGGGAAGGUGAAAGCACCCAAGAUGCGACGGCCGCAUACGUCUGCGGGCCCGAGCGACAAGUCGAACAUCGCACUGGGGAUGGGCGAAGGGGUGCGUAUGGUCCCAGUGCCGGCGUCGUCGCGACGGGAACAGGAAAGGGAGCAGGAGAAGCACCGGGAGUGGGAUGGCGCGCGAGUCCAUAGGAACUCACGCGAAUCGGGGCUGGGGGAGAGCAUCGCGAGCGUAGCGGGGCAGGGACAGAAUCGUGAGAGGGAGCGCGCGCGGGAGAAGGAGAAGGAAAAGGAGCGGCAGGCGAAGAUGAGGGAACGGACACCGGUGGAGCACGACCAGGUGCGCGCAUGGGAGGAGGAGCUGGCGCGGAUCGAGGUGCAGUCGCGGCGGAGCAGCGCGCAUAUGCUGGGCUCGUGGGGGCUGCCAUUUGGGCGGCGGAAGUCGGCCGCCGUAUUGCAGCGCGGAUAGGGUGCGCACGCUCCUCUCAAGCCGCUUUGCAUAAGUCUCCUUUCUCCCUUGCGUUGCAACACACUGCUCAAGUCAUUCAAGUCUACGACGCCACUGCGCUCAAUCGCCCAGGCUACACACCAUUUUCGGAGCAUCACGCUGUUUCGCACUCAAGACUGCCGCGCACUAAUUCAUGGACCCUCCUCCGUCUCAGAUC